CUCUCACAUUAGCUCUAUAGUCCACAAAAAUGGGGGGGCCGUGGUCGCAAAACCCGGCACAUACAUACGACGCCGCGGGAAACAAAACAAGAAUAGAGUACAAACCACUCGGAAAAAGAAAACAAAAUGAUGGAAAGAAAAGAACAGCUACCGCACCGACCGGUCGAGAAAAGGAGCAAUUUAUACGUUCCGAGUCGAUUCGGGUCGUCUCCCGUGUUGUGCAGAAACGCCAAGGAACUCUCACGAACGAGCUCACCUACCUUCUUUCUUAGUUAAAACCAUAACGCAGAAAAGACCUAGGCGAUGCUUUCACGGUAGCAGUCCAGUCCCCCCGCCCCUCAAUCAAUCUGCUUUCGGACUGUCAACCUUGCACCCCCCCUCGCUCCGCGAUGGCACUGCCGUUCUGCGUUCGUUCCCAACACGGUGACGGCACGUCCAGACGCGCGGCCGACGAGAAGAAGCACAGCGCGGAGGUGGAUCAGCUCAAGCGCACGAACGAGCAGCUCAAGACAACCCUGGAGCAAAUGCUCUCGGCUCCCAAGAAGUAGAGACAGCAGCUACCCUGGUCAUCUCAUGACCUUCAUUCUUUCGCUCGAGGUUUCUCUCCCACAAUCAGCAGCGGCGACUUCCUUGUGCGUACGGCGUACAUGCAUGCCCACAAUGCUGUGUACUCUGCGGGAGCGCUAUUGUUUAUGACUAUGUCUUAGAGUCGUUUGUGUAGGUGUGGCUCGGUUAGUCAAGUCGUUCGGUUGCAGCUCGGCGCAGACGGAGGCCGGUGGGUGUGGACCACGUUGUGCUGAACAACUGUCCCGUUUUCAGUCUUGUACUCCCAAGAUCGACGGGAUGACGACGCGGCCUCUGUAACAAUGUACGGCCCCCUCGAAACAACCAAAGCAAAAUGCUUAAAAAAAGACAUUUCAUGAUGCUCACCAAGAGAACACGACGAAAGGGACAACGGCGACGCCGCAAACUCGCAUCUGUUUGGUCCACAAAGCAAAAGUAGGACCUGGUUUUCUCAACUCAAUCCCGCACCACCACCACCACCGUAGCCUGCCCUG